UACACGUGGGAGCGCACAUAUUGUCCCUCUUUGCCCGUAGUCAUAACGGCGAGCGGAAUCGUACUGAGUGACUCUUCACAGAAACACGAACUGAACGGAAGAUCUACAUUUUUCCACAAUGAGAACUUUUACACGCUUGUUUUUAAGUUUGGAACUUUUUGCGGUUUGUUUUCUUGUUGUUGCGAUCUCCACAGCGAGCGCUGACUACUGUGAGGUAAACGUCUGUCAAAAUGGAGGUACGUGUGUAACAGGAGCUGGCAAAGAUCCCUUCAUCUGCAUCUGCGCUGAUGGUUUUAAUGGACACACCUGCAAUGAGACCGGGAUUGGGCCGUGUGUCCCUAACCCCUGUCAAAAUGAUGGCGUCUGUGAGAUCAUCUCCGGCUCUCGGCGAGGGGACGUCUUCAGUGAAUACGUCUGCAAGUGUGCCACAGGUUUUGAUGGAAUCCACUGCCAGAAUAAUGUGAAUGACUGUGCCGGCCAACCUUGUCAGAAUAGAGGCGUCUGCCGAGAUCUGAAUGGAGAUUUCUCUUGUACAUGUCCUUCACCUUAUGUUGGAAAGCACUGCCAACUGCGUUGCAUCUCUCUGUUGGGAAUGGAAGGUGGAGGUAUCGCUGAAUCUCAGAUCUCUGCCUCAUCCGUGUACUAUGGCAUCCUGGGACUGCAGCGCUGGGGACCCGAGCUGGCCCGCCUGAAUAACAAGGGACUUGUUAAUGCUUGGACUGCUGCCACACAUGACAAGAACCCAUGGAUUCAGAUCAACAUGCAGAGAAAGAUGCGGUUUACAGGCAUCAUAACACAGGGUGCCAGUCGGAUGGGCGGAUGGGAGUUUGUCAAAGCUUUCAAAGUGGCAUCGAGCUUAGAUGGGCGAAUCUAUACCAUGUACAAACCGGAAGGCCAGAGCAAAGAUAUGGUUUUUGUUGGUAAUGUUGACAAUGAUGGAACGAAGACCAAUUUGUUUGAUCCUCCAAUCAUAGCUCAGUAUAUCCGAAUCAUGCCUACUGUGUGCCGCAAAGGCUGUACAUUAAGAAUGGAGAUGGUGGGCUGUGAACUCAAUGUGUAUUUGAACACGACAGGUUGCUCCGAGCCGUUAGGUGUCAAGUCGCGGCUAAUCGAUGACAGGCAGAUAACGGCUUCCAGUUCCUUUCGCACCUGGGGCAUCGAGGCGUUUACCUGGCACCCACAUUACGCCCGUCUGGACAAGCAGGGCAAGACCAAUGCCUGGACAGCGGCCACCAAUAGCCGCUCCGAGUGGCUGCAGGUGGACUUGCUCAGACCAAAGCGCAUCUCAGGAAUCGUCACACAAGGAGCCAAAGACUUUGGAAAUGUGCAGUUUAUUUCAGCAUUUAAAGUCGCGUACAGUGAUGAUGGCAAAUACUGGACCAACAUCAAAGACGACAAGACGAAAACAGAUAAGAUUUUCCCUGGCAACAGUGACAACAACGUGCACAAAAAGAACGUGUUCGAACCGCCCUUCGUAGCGCGAUUCGUCCGCAUCCUGCCGUGGGCGUGGCAUGAACGCAUUACCCUACGAAUGGAGCUGCUGGGCUGUGAUGAGUAAAACCCCUCCCACUUUCUCUCCCUUCUCGUUUUAUACUUCCCUCCAUUCCUUCCUCUCUCAUCCGUACCUGCACUGCCUCACUCUUAACAACAGAGGGCGCCAACACCACACAUCUCUGUACAGCCGGUAGACCCAUGUAAACAUUGGCCCGAGCUCAAACCCACAGUAUACAUUUUUGUUAAAUAUUUUGUAUUGCUAUGUUGUUUGUUUGACUGCAGUGUCGCUUGAAGAUCAAAUGUGUUUGUUUGUUUUUUAGUUUAAGCAUUUAAGUGAAGAGUUACAUUGAAAACAACAUGUUUGGAAAGAUCGAUACUGUGCAUACCAAAUUCAUUAGAAAUUAUUUAUUUCAGUUGUUGUGUUAUAAUUGAUUGGUUAUACAUAUAUUGAAGUUGUUCAUAUCUCAAUUGAGUUUAAAUAACAAAUAAACAUAGAAUAUAUUGUUUUGAUGUGGUGUAUACUAAUUUGUAUAUUACUGUAUAUUGGUAAUACUUGCCAUUGUUUUCAUCUUAAACUGUCUCUAACUAGACUGUUUUUUCCACCCAUAUCAAACCUAAAGAGAUUAAAUGUGUCCGUCAAUCAUUUUUGUCAUUUAUUAAAUUUGAUGCCUCGGCCAGCACAGCCAUGGAUCUCAGGUGCAGUUGAAUCGAUCGCUGUGUGCUACUGAAUUUUAUUUUUUAUUCCAGCAUACUUUUGAAAUAAACAAACAUUUACAGUUCAAAAACAUUGUACAUUCAAAAGCCAAAGCGGUCUCAUCUGUCCUGAGUAUGUCGUUGCUGCGUUCCAAUUCGCAUAUAUAUAUACAUACAUAUAGUGCUGGGCAAAGAUUAAUUGCGAAAAUAAAACACACAAAAUAAAAGUGAUUUUUUUUUGCAUAAUAUAUGUGUGUGUACUGUGUGUAAUUAUUACGUAUAUUUAACCAUACACACAUACAUAUAUUAAUAUAUUAAUUUCAGAAUUUUGUUAUUUAUAUAUAAUUUUUUAAUUUAUAUAUCAUAUAGAAUAUAUAACAAUUUAAAUAAAUAAAUAAAUUUAUAUAUAUAUGUUUAUUUAUUUAUUUAUUUAUAUUAAUAUUUAUAUUGCGAUUAAUCGCAAACAAAAUAAAAGUGAUUUUUGGCAAAAUAUAUGAGUGUGUACUGUGUGUUAUUAUUAUGUGUGUGUGUAUAUAUACACACAUAAUACUAACACACAGUACACACUCAUAUAUUUUGCCAAAAAUCACUUUUAUUUUGUAUGCGAUUAAUCGCAAUUAAUCUUUGCCCAGCACUUGACAACAUUGUAAUAGUUAACAACCACACACAUCAAAAUACAACUCAGCUUUAUUAAUUCAUUAUUUUUAUGUAAUGUUUAAUUUAAUAAUUCAGUGUAGCAUCACUAAACCCCUCACACAAUGAAUUGUGGGUAAUAUCAGCCAUUAUGAGUGUGCACGGAUAAGAACUUCACAUUUUUACCGAAAACAGUAGACUAUUCGGGUACUUCAGGGAUAUUGAUUUAAGCAUAUUAUAUAUUUGGGCAUACUAAUUUUAAUUUUGAAUACAAGUACAGAUAGUAUGUGAAUUGGGACGCAGGGAUAGAGAAUGUGUAUUAGGCUACCUUACUGAGGUGGGGCCACUUUUUGCAAUAUCAGCUUUGACAUAUCCUGUCACGGGAUCGGUCACGCCGUGUGCAGUAUUGAAGCUCUUGUAUAAUAAGAUGCGGGGUGAGGGUGCAGAUCUAAUUUGGAAUAAUUUCUACGGUGGCACUGAACCUUUGACAUGACCGUCCAAUCUACAUAAUGUUUUCGAAAUGAUGCCCAAACCCUCCCUUCCGAACUAAUUCACCCCGAAUAAAUUUACAGUCUUGGGCUAGUGCAAUAUGUUAUGAGUAUUAAUAUAAAUAAAUAAUAAUGCAGGUUUAAGAGAAAAUAUAUGGGGAGUAUUGAAAAUAUUUUUUUUAAGUAACAAACACUGUAAAAAUUGAAUACAAUGGUUUUUAUUGACUAGGCUGUCGUACCAAUGUUAACAUUUGAUUUUUUUACAGCAUGACACAAAUCAGCUUUGUCAAUUCUAUUCAAUGUAUUAUUUGUUUCUUUAAUAAUUCUUUACCAUUUAAUGCUUCAUACUGUAGUACCCUUGUGUCCAUGCUGUUUAGGCCAAAUCCCUAAAUCUCUUGAAAUAUUUUCCUCAUGUUCUUACAGUAAUUGUAGAAAGAAAUAAAGAAUACAAGUAGAUACUUA